AAAACUCAAAUCACGCAGGCAUCGAUCAGUGAAUCACUCACCAUUCAAGUUCUUCCCUUUUCACCUCAUCUCCAGCUUGUCGUCGUCAAAUCUUAUCCACGUCGGAGUCGGUGCAGCGCAGCUAGCCCCCGUUGCCCGCCGGGAUCUGAGCCACCCUCAACCGAAGGAGAUGGAGGAGGAUAAUUACGAGGAAUAUGUACCGGUGGCGAAGCGCCGAGCGAUGGAAGCGGCAAAAAUCCUGCAGCGCAAGGGAAAACCUUCACCCUUUGAAGACGAAGUUGAAAAGUCGAAACUUGCCGAAGCCAAACCUAGUUUGCUAGUGAAAGCCUCCCAGCUCAAGCGCGACCUGCCGGAGAUCACUCCCACUGAGCAAAUCGUGCAACAAGAGAAGGAGAUGAUCGAGCACUUGUCCGAUCGGAAAACCCUAAUGUCCGUUCGAGAGUUAGCCAAAGGGAUUACUUAUAAGGAGCCACUGUUAACGGGGUGGAAACCACCCUUAAGAAUUAGACGGAUGUCGAACAGAUAUUGUGAGUCGCUGCGUAAGCAGUGGCAUAUUAUCGUUGAUGGUGAUGAGAUCCCUCCACCUAUAAAGAAUUUUAGGGACAUGAGGUUUCCGGACCCGAUUUUGAGUAAAUUGGAAGAGAAGGGAAUUGUGCAACCGACGCCUAUUCAGGUGCAGGGACUUCCUGUGAUUUUAUCGGGGAGGGAUAUGAUAGGGAUUGCUUUUACGGGUUCGGGGAAGACGUUGGUUUUUGUGUUGCCGUUGAUCAUGGUGGCAUUGCAAGAGGAGUUGAUGAUGCCGAUUGUUCCGGGGGAAGGGCCGUUUGGAUUGAUAAUCUGCCCGUCUAGGGAGCUUGCUAGGCAGACUUAUGAGGUUGUGGAGGAGUUUUUAGUGCCCAUGACGAAGUGUGGAUUUCCUGAGUUGAGACCGUUGCUCUGCAUUGGUGGGGUUGAUAUGCGGUCGCAAUUGGAGGUUGUGAAGAGGGGCGUGCAUAUCGUUGUUGCCACCCCUGGGAGGUUGAAGGAUAUGCUUGCGAAGAAGAAGAUGAACCUUGAUAAUUGCAGGUAUUUAACUCUAGAUGAGGCAGAUAGAUUGGUGGAUCUGGGCUUUGAAGAUGACAUAAGAGAAGUAUUUGACCACUUCAAAGCUCAAAGACAGACUCUUCUCUUUUCUGCCACUAUGCCCACAAAGAUUCAAAAUUUUGCCAGAAGUGCCCUCGUUAAACCUGUUACGGUUAAUGUAGGAAGGGCUGGGGCAGCAAAUCUAGACGUCAUUCAGGAGGUGGAAUACGUAAAGCAAGAGGCAAAAGUUGUUUACCUUCUUGAAUGCUUGCAAAAGACCCCUCCUCCUGUUUUGAUAUUCUGUGAGAACAAAGCUGACGUGGAUGAUAUCCACGAAUACCUACUUUUGAAAGGAGUUGAAGCGGUUGCGAUUCACGGAGGGAAGGAUCAGGAGGAGAGAGAGUAUGCUAUCUCAUCAUUCAAAGCAGGAAAUAAAGACGUAUUGGUUGCAACAGAUGUGGCCUCAAAGGGUUUGGAUUUUCCUGACAUUCAGCACGUUAUAAAUUAUGAUAUGCCUGCUGAAAUAGAGAACUAUGUCCAUAGGAUUGGACGAACAGGAAGAUGUGGCAAAACGGGAAUAGCAACUACAUUUAUUAACAAGAAUCAAAGUGAGACGACGCUUCUUGACUUGAAGCACCUGUUGCAAGAAGCGAAACAAAGAAUACCGCCGGUUUUGGCGGAGCUUAAUGAUCCUAUGGAAGAUGUUGAGGCAAUCACCAAUGCUAGUGGAGUAAAAGGUUGUGGCUAUUGUGGUGGACUUGGUCAUAGAAUUCGUGAUUGCCCCAAGUUGGAGCAUCAGAAAAGCCAGGCGAUUGCUAGCUCUAGGAGGGAUUAUUUUGGCUCUGGAGGUUAUAGAGGGGAAAUAUGAUAUGUACUUUUUUUUUUGAUCUGCCAUACAACUCUCCAUAAUGAUUCCAGGAUGUGUACUUCAGCACCUAAAGCUGACUUUUGUUCUUAAUUGCUUGGCAUGCUUGCCUCUAGAUCUGUCGAUAAAUCCUUUUUUGGGACCGA